AUGUGGUGCGCAUUUGAGAGACAGAAUGUCGUGACCCUUGGAAACAACACAAACAACAGACUUGAAGCUUCGUGGGAACAGCUCAAGGACAUGGUGAACGCUUUUAUGGCGGUUGAUGAAUGUAUUGCGGGGAUUCUGUGUUACCAGCAUCAGCAGGAAAAGAGCUUCAAGAAUUGUGUGUACAAUCUUUCAGUCGUGUACGACCCCAAGUAUGACAGAGAAAUGCGUCAUCAUGCUAAACUGGUGAGCGAACACGCAUGUGAACUUGUUUACGACGAUUACUACUUUGCCAUUACCAAGGCGAAGUACAAGUUUCACGAAGCCGUGCCAGGAGUGUUUUUAAUCCAACACGAAUCGGACGAUGAAGACGCUCUAGAUGAAUCGCACAGUGAGUAUUCACUAACGAAGUCGGACUGGUCAUGCUCAUGCUUGUUCAUGACAUCAAGACUUCUGCCUAGCCGACAUGUAUUUUUCAUUCAAAAGGCCCUCCGCUGUGAAAACAUCAUUCCAACGCAUCUACUCAAUUCACGAUGGCUACGGAUAUCUCUACGUUCGGAUGCAGAAGUACCUCAAUUUACUGGAGAACCAUUUGGCGUAUCUCGUGUUCUGAAAGAAUCGACUACCUGUUGGGAUUCAAGCAGAAAAUUCAGAGAGGCGAACUAUUUGACUUCGUCAAUUAGUGAGCAUCUGAGUGGCUUAGGAAUGCGUGAAUACCGGGUUGCCAUGGCGACAUUACGUGAAGUUGAUGCUCGUUUCAGACAUGGGGAAUACGAUAUCAUUACCCGAACGGACUCUGGAUCUCGCGAGCUGACCAUAUCGGGUGAGUUGGGCACUGCUUCAGGUGGAUUGGGCUCUGGAUCGACAGAGUUGGAUUCGUGUUUGAGUGAUGUGAGGUCUGAUGGAAUAGUGGUGGGGACUGGAAUAUCCGAGAUGGGCGCGAGCUGUGACGAGUUGGUAUCAAACAACGCGGCUCUGGUAACGGAGCAACAUUUUACAGAUGAGGUUGGAUCUCGUGUCGAAGAGCAGGCUUCAUCCGGCAAUUUCAAUACACAAGUUCCUACUCUCUCGGUGGGAGGUUUAAAGUCUGAGUUCGAGAUAUUAAGCCCACCCAGAUCGAAAGGACGUCCUAAACAGAAAUCUCGAGCUGUGAAAGCUAAGCGUAAAAAGGCUGUUGCUAUGGUACAAGAAGACAUGGCGAUGCAUGAAAGACAGCGGAAUCUAGCGACAAUUCGCGAGAUACUUAAAGGUGCUCCAACGUAUGAGUCGUCUCACGAGUGCAUCUUGCAGUUCAAGGCGUAUCACUUCGAUCCAAAGCCCAAACCUCCAAUCGCUCAUAGGACGGCACUACUACCGCCCACAAAACCAGUGAUGAUGCCCAAAGAGAUUGUUCGAGUAUUUCCGAUGGAUUUACUGAACAAGUACAGGGCUAAAGUGACGGCCUACCAGCGAAAAAACCCUGGGACACCAGAAACGGACAUUGCGUUGGAGAUCCUUGGUGUUGGAAUCUUUGAAAAUUCGAUGUUAGCUCUCAUGCGACAGUGGCACGCGACUACCAAGACGUUGAAGAGGAUCCAGAGAGCACUCACAUGGAUUCAACAGCUCGAUUUCUAUCGACACACAAACGCGAGCUUUAAUGUGGAGAAAGAUCCCGAUCUGCCAAACAAGCUGAAGAAUAUUUCAAUUUUAGCAGUGGAGAAGACAGAAGUCUUGGAGUUGGCCGCAAAAGAAUGCCUUAGUGAUUCGGUUAUGCAAAUGGUACUGAGGAAGCAGUUUGGAGCCGACCCCAACGUGAAGGUCGUCGACCCUGCCUAUCUAGGUAUUUAUAAUGGGGAGAUUACAACGGAAACUUCUCAUUUUAGUAGAGUGUUGACUGGGGUGACAAAGGACACAAAGGCACUUUUCCCCAUCAACUGCAAUAACAAUCACUGGUGCGCUGUGUUGCUAGACUUUCAAGAUGGUAAGAGUUACAUUUACGACUCCAUGGCGUCAUCUUAUUUGAACACCGUCCGAGCCGCGGCUCAGAAAUUGAUUAUGAUGAUACCCGGCAAGCAUCGCCCAAGCCGCCGCAUGACAAUCUACGAUCCUGGACUAGGCGUACCGUCAGACAGUUACAAUUGCGGUGUGUAUGUGCUUCUUGCUUUUGAGUUAUUAUGUGGGGCUGGGCCACUUGGUCACGUGAACAAAAACAUCCUACAGCUCCUGCGAUACCGCUACAUGCGUAUGCUGAUCGAGGUGUGA